UUUCUUUUUCGCCCCCGCAUCUAACAUGGUGAAGAAAGGCGUGAAGAAGAGAACAAAGUAACUCCGGGGGGAGCGUAGGUCGCUGGUGGCCAGCACAACCGCCCCCGCCGCCACCGGCUCCUGCUCCUGCGGCCACCCACAGCCACCAUUCACCGGGAGACUCGCGAGGCGCGCGGCGGCGGGUCCGAGGACGCAGCGAGGACAGGCAGCCGGCCCUUCCGAGGAGUUAUGGAUGUUGGUGUAUUCACUUCUGGCCAGAUCCGCGCCCAGAGGGAGCUAACCAGCGGCCUCCACCUCCAGCUGUCUCCUUGCCUCGCACCAGGUCUUACCCUUCCAGUAUGUUCCUUCUGAUGAGACAAUUUCCAGUGCCGAGAGUUCCAGUACAAUGUGGAAAUGGAUACUGACACAUUGUGCCUCAGCCUUUCCCCAGCUGCCUGGCUGCUGCUGCUGCUUCUUGUUGCUGUUCUUGGUGUCUUCCAUCCCUGUCACCUGCCAAGCCCUUGGUCAGGACAUGGUGUCGCCAGAGGCCACCAACUCCUCUUCCUCCUCCUCCUCGUCCUCGUCCUCCUCCUCCUUCUCCUCUCCUUCCAGUGCGGGGAGGCAUGUGCGGAGCUACAAUCACCUUCAAGGAGAUGUCCGCUGGAGAAAGCUAUUCUCUUUCACCAAGUACUUUCUCAAGAUUGAGAAGAACGGGAAGGUCAGCGGUACCAAGAAGGAGAACUGCCCGUACAGUAUCCUGGAGAUAACUUCAGUGGAAAUCGGAGUUGUUGCCGUCAAAGCCAUUAACAGCAACUAUUAUUUAGCCAUGAACAAGAAGGGGAAACUCUAUGGCUCAAAAGAAUUUAACAAUGACUGUAAGCUGAAGGAGAGGAUAGAGGAAAAUGGCUACAAUACAUAUGCAUCCUUUAACUGGCAGCACAAUGGGAGGCAAAUGUAUGUGGCACUGAAUGGAAAAGGAGCUCCCAGGAGAGGACAGAAAACACGAAGGAAAAACACCUCAGCUCAUUUUCUUCCAAUGGUGGUUCACUCCUAGAGGAAGGAAUGUUUGUGGCUAUCACAGAACCAAAGCCUCUUUCGCCAGGACUAGCUGGUAUUCUUCAUGAAGACAGUAGCUCAAAAGGCAAAGACACAUUGCAGAUGUCUGCUUGCUUGCAAGAAAGGAAGUCUUUGAAGGUUUUGUACUCACUGCUGACAUAACGAUGCUCUUUUAAUUAGUUCUGUGUCAUGCCUUAUAAUCGAGAUGAUAGGCAGAUUAAAUGGGAUGGAAGUUAUUCCUAAGUGAACAACACUGUGGCUAGGUUUUUGGUUACGUUUUUGUUUAUGUUCUUGUUUUUGAACCUCUGAGAUAGAACUUAAAGGACAUGGAACAAUCUGUGGAAUGAUCUUCGGGAAAGUUAUUUAUGGAAUAUGAACUCGUAUCACAGACUUUCAUUGCUCAUUCAAGCCUAGUGAUUCAAUGAGCAGUAAGACACGCAAGCAUUUACUGGAAAGCAAUUGGGUCAUAUCAUAUGCACAACCAAAGGAGCUUUGGGCGUGGCAUCAUGGAAGAAUUGGAUAAGAUUAAAAAAAUGUAAACAUCACACCCCAUGCAUGUCCAUGACAAGUGGUUUUAAAACUUGGCAAACACUUCAAGACGAGGAGAGGAGCUGGAUUGUGCUACUGGAGAAAAAGCAGUUCCAAACCAGAAUACUAUAUGUUAGAAAAAAAAAUCCUCAUGAUUUUGGAAGCUCAGCCUCUGUGGGAAGUGUGGCCCCUGGCCACAAUGUCAAGGUGUGUCAGCCACAAAUGUGUGUCCCCAUCUGAGUGUUGGUUCGGAGAAGACUCCUCAUAAAGACAGAGAAUCCCUCCCGCCUCCUACCUCCCAAAACGCUGAACAGUGUAUAGUAUGUUACAUUUAAAUAAAUCAAUAAAAAUGCUGGGAAAAGAAAACAGAAA